ACGUAACAAACUUCACUUUAGUCGACUGCGACCUCCAUUCAUCCUUCGUCGCACCAAAAACACGAUUUUAACAUCAUUAUUCACGACGAAAAACACAAACUACACUUAAAAUACUUCUUAUAAGUUCUUUUGUGUGUUACAUUUAGGUUAUAAGUGUAAAAUAAAAGUGUUAUAGUGAAAAUGGCAUUAAAAUCGUCACCGGCACUCUUCGGACUUCUUUCUCGGAUAUCUCGUCGUUCUUUCUCCACAUCGAAGGCUUUAGCAUCAAACCCUGUUACAGUGAGAGAUGCCUUGAACCAGGCGAUUGACGAAGAGAUGGAAAGGGAUGAUCGGGUUUUCGUUUUAGGUGAAGAAGUGGCCCAGUACGACGGUGCUUACAAAGUCACGAGGGGACUUUGGAAGAAGUAUGGUGACAGAAGAGUCAUCGACACGCCAAUCACAGAGAUUGGUUUUGCUGGUAUUGCUGUCGGAGCAGCAUUUGCAGGACUCAGGCCUAUCUGUGAAUUUAUGACUUUCAAUUUCUCCAUGCAGGCUAUUGAUCACAUAAUAAAUUCAGCGGCAAAGACAUUCUAUAUGUCAGCGGGAACGGUGCCGGUGCCUAUCGUGUUCCGUGGACCCAACGGAGCAGCGUCCGGAGUUGCAGCCCAACAUUCUCAAUGCUUCGGAGCCUGGUACAGCCAUUGUCCCGGUCUUAAGGUGGUCAUGCCCUACUCCUCCGAGGACGCUAAAGGUCUUUUAAAAGCUGCCAUCCGUGACCAAGACCCAGUAGUGUUCCUAGAAGAUGAGAUCAUGUACGGAGUUCCAUUCCAAAUGUCUGAUGAGGCCCUGUCACCUGACUUUGUACUGCCCAUUGGUAAAGCUAAAAUUGAAAGGCCCGGCAACCAUAUAACAGUAGUAUGUGCUGGUAGAGCCACCGACACAGCACUACAGGCUGCCAAUGAACUAGCAGGAACAGGUAUUGAAUGUGAGGUAAUUAACCUCCGGUCACUGAGGCCAUUGGAUUUCGACACCAUCGCACAGUCCAUCGCUAAGACUCACCAUCUCAUCACUGUGGAACAGGGCUGGCCUCAGUCUGGUAUCGGCGCGGAGAUCUGCGCCCGCGUGAUGGAGUCGCCGGCGUUCUUCGAGCUGGACGCGCCGGCGUGGCGCGUGACGGGCGCGGACGUGCCCAUGCCGUACGCGCGCUCGCUGGAGGCGCGCGCCCUGCCGCGCGCCGCCGACGUGCUGGCCGCCGCGCGCGCCGUGCUGGGCCGCAGGAUAGCCGAAGCUUCGAAUUAGUUUAGUUAGAAUCUCUAGGGAUGAAUCAUCGUUGCCAGAAGAAAUUGUAAAUAUUUAUUAUAUAAUUCGAUGUAUUUAUUAAAAAAAACAUCUACUUUCUAUUAUAUUGUAUCAGUUCUCAUAAAAAGUUACAGGAAUAAAAAAUUUAGAUAAAAACUUAUGGUAUUAAAAUGUAUAUUAUUUAUAGUGUU